UACAGAUAAGUAGGCUUCUUGUUGGUUAAGAUAGUAAUUUUCUAUAUAUAGAUUCUUGUUUCUGGCUUUGCUACCAUAUGUAGCCUCUGGGGCUCCUCUUGGUUGUAUCUAGUUUGUUGUUCUUGGCUCAUUUUGACAAUUCUCUGUGUAUUGUAUUUUUAAUAUAAAAGUAUGUCUUCGGCAGCGAGCUUGGAAACAGAUUAAGUUUCUUGUACCCGAGUUGCUUCUGAAAAUGAAAAUGGACUGCGGCCAGCAAUGUAUGUCAGAGCUCUGUGUCAGUGUCUUUGAGGGAGUCUGGCUUUUAGGGAGGUGUGAAUUUUCAUUGGUCUCUGGGAUUUUGUAGUGCCUAGUUAGAACACUUAGCAGCCAAUGCUCUUUAAGGUGGGCAGUUAUUGUCAAACCACAGAGAGUUGGACCCUAGACUUGUGAUAUCAGAGGGAAAAUGUGUAUGUCUCUGAAGACUGCAGCUAAGGACCACCUUCCCCAAACCGGAAAGCGAUCUUGAGCCAAAUCUGUGCGUCGUGCAGUAGUUUCAUGCAUGCUUUAGAAUGUCUGCUUACAUCUUCCUCUCUCAAGUGUAAAAGGUAAAUUACUUUAAUUGAUGUGUCUUCUAGCUGGUUUAGAGUAAAUGAAUAACUUUCAAUCUAGAAAGCCAUUUUGUCUACCAGAAAAGAUAGUCAUAUCUCUGCAAGGGUUUUCCCCUCAAAGUCAUUGAAAGAGCACAUAGCAGAUGUUUUUUUGUGUUUGGAUUGUUUUCCCAGGAAACGUAUGGAUGAUGUUUACUUGUGAUGGUUCAGUUCCCUACAUUAGAAACCAGUUUAUCUAAUCUUCCAUGUUGGAGGUUGGAAAUCUUUGUUGAUUUUGAACAAAGCCAACUAUCUGGGGAAAUUUUUCUUUCACCAUUUUUUUUCUCAGGAGAGAGAGAUCAGAUAAGCAAGAAAUGAAUAUGGAAACCCUAAUAAAGCAAACAUUGUUGUUGUUUCUCUGAACUAACAGAGAACAUCGUAUUCAAUGCGCCCAUCAGAAUGUAGGUGGGCUAAUGUAGAAUGGGAAAAUGAAGCCAACUCUUCUUUGGAAAAUGAACCUCUGAGGGUUUCCUGGGAGGGCAGCUCGUCCUCUCUAAGCUUUCCUUCAACUGUGUGCCUCCUGGCUGGCACACAGCAGUGUGAAAUUACAUGAAAUUAGAGGACACUUAGGGUGAUAUUAGUAGCAUGUCUUGACUUUCUUUUAUUGUUUAAAGAGCAAGAACAGAUUUCUACUCAGGCCUGAUCUGCUUUACUGGAGACUUGUGAGCAUGAACAGUUCUGUCUGUCUUGCCGUUAAUCUUUCUGUUCAUCUAUUGACUGAUCAGUUGAUUUACCAAUGGAUUGACUAAUAGAUCUGUCAAUCUCCCUGCCCCUCCCCUUCUCUUCCUUUUCCUGCCCUCCCUUUCUUUUCCUACCUCCUUUCCUUCCCUUCCUUCUUUCCUUUUUUUCCCUUUCUUCCCUACUUUUGAACUAAAAUCUAAACUGAAGCUGGACUCGGGCAUCUUCUUGAAAGUUAGCAUUAGAGCUCUGAAUUCUAAUCUUACCAUGGGUCUUCAUAAUAAAAUAUCACCCAGUCUCUGUGACCUGUAACCUCUUCACCUGUUUAGACAAAGACUGAGGUCAGUGCCUUUCAGUUCAGUCAGCAAUUAUGGGCAUAAGCUUUGGAUCAUAGUUUAGAUUCCAGCUCUGCUGGUUCCUGUGUAUGUGACACUGGGCAGCUUGCUUAACCUCAUUGUGCCUCUACAUCCUGAUCCCUGAUAUUAGGUUUGUGCCCACUGACUGUAGGAUGAAUGAGGUAGUACAUAUAAAUUGCUUAGAGCAGUUCUUGGUACAUACUAAAUGCAUAAUAAACAUUAACUUUAAUAGUAUGGUGUGUUAGUCAGCUUUGUGUUCUUGUGGCCAAAAAAUCCAACAAUUACAGCAUAGAAGAGGGAAUAUUUGUUUUGGCUCAUGGCUCAGAGGUUCAGUCCAUGGUCUGCUGAGUCCAUUGCUCUAGACCCAUGGUGAGGCCGAACAUCAUGGUGGAAGAGUGUGGUGGAGGAGUGCUGCUCUGUUCAUGGCAGCCAGGAAUCAGAGAGACAGCAGGGGGAAGGGACCACAGGGAAGAUGCACACUUCCAGGGUAUGCCCCCAGUGACCCACUUCCUCCACCAAAGCCACACCUGUCUCGAGUUACCACCCAUUCAAACUGGAAUGAGAAUGGACCAAUCAGUUUACACCUCUCACAAUCUAAUCCUUUUAUCACUGAAUAUUCCUGUACUAAACAGGAGCUUUUGGGGAACACUUCAUGUCCCAGCCAUAACAUAUUGUCUCAUCAAUAUAGAUAUAUUAAUGUAGACAUCCUUUUCUCUAAUCCUAUCUUCUUUCCUUGCCCCCGUUCACAAAGCUCACAGUCUAGUAUUGAGACAAGCAUAACUGCUUUGUAAAAAUAGAGGAAGGUGACAUGUACCAGUGUAUGAAAGGAAAAGAAGGUAUUUGCCAAGGAGAGAAGUCAGGAGGACCAUGGUAAAUAGGGAAACUAUAUUAGGAGUCAGGGAAUAGCGUGGCUUGCUCCGAACUGAGUUUGCUUCUAAGUGGUGGAAAGCUGGGAAUAUAGCAAUUAAUUUGUUGUGGCUAGUGUUUAGGAUGCUUGUAGGGUGAUGGGGAGAAAUGGUGAUUAUACACCUCGGGUUUGCACAGUUUGCACCAGCACACCUGAGUUUCUACCAAAGCUCCUGGCUCUCCACCAUGGUGAUUCCUUUCCAUGUGUAGAGCAAGGCAGUUAUAAGGGGGGAUAGGAUGGACUCAUUUAUUCAUUGAAAAAUCUUCAUCAUUUUUAUUCUCAGGGGUAUGAACUUCUUUUCUUUAUAUUGAUAUUAUUUAAUCUCAGGGCUCAUGUAUCUGUUGCCAAGCUUUGGGGAUGAGGUACCUCAGCUAUUGUUCUUAAAUUUAAUAGUGAAACUGCUUUGUAUGACACGUAGAACUCCAUGUUAAUUAUUAUGAGGCUUCAGGCUUGGAGCUCCUCCUAACUUAUGGUGGGACCUCAACAACCUGCUUUCCAAGUCAUGUUUUUUUGUGGGAUGAAAGACUUGGUGUAGGUGUUUAUGGAAGUCUGAUGAAGUUUCUAUGGGCCCCUUCUCUAAAUAAAUUUUCAAAUGUACAAAAUGAAAUACACAGUACUACCAAGGAAUUCAUGGUAUUGAAAUAUACAUACAAAAAUAAUCAAUGAAUUUGUGCCAGGAAAAUAUAUGUAUCUCUUAUUACCAUGUGAAAUGAGGCAUUCACAAUGCUUGUAACUUUGAAUUAUUGGCAAAGACAGUGUUAUCUUGCAAUAUCUGCAACAAUCCUUGUGUGAUAUAAGAAUACCAGAAGUUGCCUUGGAAGAUUAAAGUCAAAGGUGCUGCAAAUACAACUGUAGUUGGAGAUGCUAAACUGGAGGAGAUGCUAAACUUCAUUUAGAGGUUAUUGAAAACAACACAAGUUUAUUGAACCUUUGAUUAUAUCUAUGGACCUCUUUGGUCACCUGUGGAACUGAGGUUAUUAAAAUUUGUACUAGGUAAUUUCUACGAUUUUUUUUCCUUUGCUAAAUUUAUGGCUAUCAAAUUAGCAAAUACUGGAAUUCCUAUAUAAUUGAUAAAGACCAUGUCAUUGACAAUGAGAAAAACCAAGGUGUUCAUAGAAUAAUGGAGAUAAGUCCAUCUAAGGUUUUUUAACCCAUGUAUUUUUUCCAUAAGGCAUAUCAUAAACGAGCUUUGAUGAUCAUCUAUCUUAGGGUUCAUUUUAAACAAAAUGAAAUAAAUAAAAAACACAUAUUACUUGGAAUAGCUGGUGCUAAGCAGACAGCAAGAAGGACAUGUUCUAUAGUAUAGGAGCUGAAACACUAUGCCAGAGUGGAGCCUGGUUCAACCUCAGCUGGGGUCAUGUGCGUCUGGCAGUGAUUUUUGUGCUUCUCUGUGCAUGUCCACCAAAGAUUGCAAAAGUGCUGUGAGAAUUGAUUUUUCAAUUAUAAAUUAAUUUUAGCAAGUAGGUGAAUUUGCAAAUAUGAAAAUCAUGAAUAAUAAGAAUUGACCAUAUAUUCUAAUAUUUCUCUGAACUUGAGGUCUAAUGUUGCCGUUCUUCCCAUAAGAAGACCUUCAUAGUUUGGUUAUUAAACUACUCUAAGUCUCUGUUUUUUUUUAAUUCACAAAAUGAAUAUGUUAGAAUAGAUUAGUAGCAGUAGACUUAAAUAAAAAUCACAGAAGUAAUUUUUAUUUAUAUGAAAUCUCAAGGGAUAAUGCAGUAAUGACCUUUCCACCUUCCCUAUACCUCCUGCCUCUGCAAAUUUUGCCAAGAAUGAACAGAAAACAAUUGUGCUAGAUUUCCAAGUCCACUUUCCUUUGCCCAAUUAGGUAAUAGUCUAUUUGUCUGACAAUUAUUUAUUGGGUAAGGCACAGUUCUAGAUGCUAUUAAUGCACCUCAUUCACCAAAUUAAUUUAUUGAAGCUGUUUUUAAAAACAGACUAUACUUUAUUUGUAAUUCUUAGGGAAAAAAAGUCAUAUGCUAUUUCCGAUUCUUUUGAACUCUCUUUGACUAUCAAUUGACCCAAAUUUGAUGUUGUUUGGAAUAUAUCAGAUUCACUUAGGAGAUCAGUCCAGGCUUGGUUCACCUUGAUCUGCGCAUCCUUCAUCUAUGAGAUUGGAACCAGGAAGGACCUGCUCAUUUGUUACUGAUUUGUUACUACUCAUUUGUUAUUGAUGGUAGGUCACUUGGAAAGCAGUGUACCACCCACAGGAUAAACCCAUUAACAGGACAUCCAGUAUUUGUUUGGUCAUCUUUGUUACUCUGUAGGUUUUUCUGCUGUUGUCUCCUAGAAGGUUGUCAUAAUUGAGAUGCUUUCCCCUCUGGAGGAUACAUUUCACAUUCCACAGGUGCAAAAAUAGAAAACCAUCAUCAUAUGCAUUAAGAUACUCCUGAAGUGGACUGCUAGAGUUUAGUUGAACUAAAGCAAAUUAUAAUUUUACAUAUGAUAAUUGACAUCAUUUUUCAUGGACUUCAAUGUGAAAAAAAUAAAAGCAAAACUCAAGAUUAUACUUAGCUCUUCAAAAUAGAUUCAUUCAUCUGGGAAUUAACAGUAGAUUCGGAUCACUUUGUUUUAAUCCAUCCAGUGAGUAUAUUUUAGUUAUGAAAUCUUAUUUAUCAAAGUACUAAUGUUUUAUGGGUAAAUCUUUCAUCACUGGUAACUCUAUUCCUGAGGGAAAAAUAUUUUUCCCUGAAAUGCCAUUUUCAUUAGGCAAUGAUGAGUUUAAUUUUUUAAUUUUGUACUUCUAUACAAAAGUUGGCCUAGGGAAAACCCACUACUAAACUGUGGGGCAACUUCAGUUUUAACUUGUGUUGUUUCAUUAUCUGCAGUCACUGAUUUUUAAUAAGUCUGUUGAUGCCUAGUUCAAAAGGUGGGGUCAAAGAAUCUGGUCGACAAGGAAACCCUGUUCCAACUGUGCUAGACAUUUGACCCCAGUGAACUCUGCUUCCCAGAACUGAUGCUCUUGUACAUUCUUCUCAUUGACUCCAGGCUUAGCUAUGUCACUUGAGUUAGACAAUGGGACAUUAGCAAACAUGAUGUAAGAAGAGGUUUAAGAGCACUUGGGCUUUUCUUGUUGUACUGCUUCCUUUUGGAAGUCAGCUUUGAUACUGUGUAAGAGCUUAGACUAAGCCUGUUAAUUGAUCCUCCAUAUGGAGGGAGACCCUGAAGCCUGACAGGCCAUCUUGAAUGUUCCAGCCUCAAUCAAGCUCCCAGCUGAAUGUAGACAACUGACUGACCUCAGCUAUACCACGUGGAUCAGAACUGCCCAGAUGAGCCCAGCAAGUGGGUUUUGAGAAAUAUUAAAUCAUUAUUGACUUAAGUCAUGUAGUUAUAUCGUGGUCAGUUACACAGCAAAAAAAAGAAUUGAAACCAUGCCCUACUUCAAGAGGUCUGUGCAAACCAGCUGUGGUGGAGCACCCUGGUAAUCUCAGCUACUCAGCAAUCUGAAGUAGGAGGAUCACAAGUUCAAGGCCAGCUUGGGCAAUGUAGUAAGACUGUUUCUCAAAAUGCAAAAUGAAAAGGGCUGGGGUUCGGGGAGGCAGGGAUGUAGCUCAGUGGUAGAGAGAUCUUGGUCAAUCCCCAGUACUGGGGCCAGGGAGGAAGAAAUCAGUGCAAAAAGCUAUGUUCUGCAAAGACCUCGUGCAUGUUUUGGUUCAUAGAAAAUUGCUUUCAUAAUGCUAUAAUACCAGAAAAACACAGUGAGCAAGGGCACAACAUGUAUGUGUGCUGGGAGGCUGUUAAAUUGUGGUAUCAUUGCUUUUACCUUUGCAACUGAAUACCAUGUGUGCAACAUCUUUAUUUUCACAAAGGAUACACCUGAAGAAGGUACCAUCAAAAGUAAUUGCUCUUUUAUUCCUUCUGAUUGUGAAAGAUACUGAAAAGUGUUAAAAAAAAAGAGACCCAGAAUCUUACCACCAAGAGGCUAACUUUGGGACAUUUUCACAUUAUAAAGACAGUUAAUUUAAAAAACAACACACUCACAAACUUUUCUUGAUGCUUCUUUGAAAGCCUCAAGUAUACAGUAGUUAAUUUGAUCCAUUUGAGAGCACACAUGCUGAGAUCCUUAUAAAUCUGAUUAUAAGCAUGGACACAGCUAUAUAGUUACUUGUAUUGGAUGUACAGUUUGUGAUGCCCCAUUCAUUCCAUUUCCUUCUCCAUACUUCUGUCAUAUCACUCAUCCUAAAAUACAAAGCUGGCUUAGUUUCUGCCUAUGUAGUAGCUCCAUACUGCCUCUGGCAUAGUGGUUCUCAACCAGGGCAUCUGGCAACAUCUGGAGCUGUUAUUAACUGUGCAUGGGGGUAUUCUUGUUCUUUACUGUACUAGCUAUAAAAAGGGUGCUACUUACUGCUUUCUAGGAGUAGAGUCUAGGAUGCUGUUAAGCAUCCUGCAAUGCACAGGACAACCCCCACUAUGGUAAGGAAUCAUCCAGCACAAGCUGUCUGUAUUGCCACUGUUGAGAGACCUUGCUGUAGGGCAAGGCUCAGUCUUCUACCUGUUGUUGCCCUUUCUGAUCUCACAUCUCUGACCACUCAUGUAUCUUCCUUCAGCAGUGCCAAGCAGCUUCCUGUUUUCAUAUCUUCUUGCCUUUGUGGGUCUUUGCUUAUGUUGUUCCCACAGUCUAGAAUAUUGGAAUACCCUUUCUCUGGUGGUAAUCAUUCCUCGUGAUAGAUUUAUGACUCUGUUUUUUGCGUACUUCCGCUUCUCUGAUUACACUGAGUUGCAUGAUUACUUUUUAAAAUCUAUUGUCCCUACAAACUUGUAAGUAUAAGGUUGCUAGGACCAACUUACAUGGCUAGUAAAUGUUUAAGUGAAUGGGUGAAUGUUUGAGUGAGAACACAACUGGAAAAGAGGUUGAAGUUGCAAGGGUUCAUGGCAGUGUGUGGCCCACCUUCCAUCAAUUUUCUUUCUAGUGGGUGAAUUAUUCCUGCAAAGACUCUGUGGACAACAAUUGUCCCUGCUGUACAUGGUUUUGAGGGGUCAGAGAACCAGAGGAUGGAGAUGUGAGAUCAGAAAUGGCGACAACAGGGCACUGAGUGGUGAGUCUGAUCAAGUGGACAUCAUUUGCUCUCGUCCCAGACCUCUCUGGUCUUGAAUAUCAUCAUGGCCAAACCUUAUGAAUUUAACUGGCAGAAGGAAGUCCCUUCCUUUUUGCAAGAAGGAGCAGUUUUUGACAGAUAUGAAGAGGAAUCAUUCGUCUUUGAACCCAACUGCCUCUUCAAAGUGGAUGAAUUUGGCUUCUUUCUGACUUGGAAAAGUGAAGGCAAGGAAGGACAAGUGCUGGAAUGUUCCCUCAUCAACAGUAUUCGGCUGGGAGCCAUACCAAAGGAUCCCAAAAUCCUGGCUGCCCUGGAAGCUGUUGGAAAAUCAGAAAAUGAUCUGGAAGGGCGGAUAGUUUGCGUGUGCAGUGGCACAGAUCUUGUGAACAUUAGUUUCACGUACAUGGUGGCUGAAAACCCAGAAGUAACGAAGCAAUGGGUAGAAGGCCUGAGAUCAAUCAUACACAACUUCAGGGCCAACAACGUCAGUCCAAUGACCUGCCUCAAGAAACACUGGAUGAAAUUGGCAUUUAUGACCAACACAACUGGUAAAAUUCCAGUUAGGAGUAUCACUAGAACCUUUGCAUCGGGGAAAACAGAGAAGGUGAUCUUUCAAGCACUCAAGGAGUUAGGUCUUCCCAGUGGAAAGAAUGAUGAAAUUGAACCUGCUGCCUUUACUUAUGAAAAGUUCUAUGAACUGACACAAAAGAUUUGUCCUCGGACAGAUAUAGAAGAUCUUUUUAAAAAAAUCAAUGGAGACAAAACUGAUUAUUUAACGGUAGACCAAUUAGUGAGCUUUCUAAAUGAACAUCAACGAGAUCCUCGACUGAAUGAAAUUUUAUUCCCAUUUUAUGAUGUUAAAAGGGCAAUGCAGAUCAUUGAGAUGUAUGAGCCUGAUGAAGAUUUGAAGAAAAAAGGACUCAUAUCAAGUGAUGGGUUUUGCAGAUAUCUGAUGUCAGAUGAAAAUGCCCCAGUCUUCCUAGAUCGUUUAGAGCUUUACCAAGAAAUGGACCAUCCUCUGGCUCACUACUUCAUCAGUUCUUCCCAUAACACCUAUCUCACUGGCCGACAGUUUGGUGGGAAAUCUUCGGUAGAAAUGUACAGACAAGUUCUCCUGGCUGGUUGCAGGUGUGUUGAACUUGACUGUUGGGAUGGAAAAGGUGAAGAUCAAGAACCAAUAAUAACUCAUGGAAAAGCAAUGUGUACAGAUAUACUUUUUAAGGAUGUAAUUCAAGCCAUCAAGGAAACUGCAUUUGUCACAUCCGAAUAUCCUGUAAUUCUCUCCUUUGAAAAUCACUGCAGCAAAUAUCAACAGUACAAGAUGUCCAAAUAUUGUGAAGAUCUAUUUGGGGAUCUCCUGUUGAAACAAGCACUUGAAUCACAUCCACUUGAACCAGGAAGACCGUUGCCAUCCCCCAAUGACCUCAAAAGAAAAAUACUCAUCAAAAAUAAGCGACUAAAACCUGAAGUUGAAAAGAAACAGCUUGACGCUUUGAAAAGCAUGAUGGAAGCUGGGGAAUCUGCAGCUCCAGCUAGCAUCUUAGAGGAUGACAAUGAAGAGGAAAUAGAAAGUGCUGACCAAGAGGAGGAAGCUCACCCUGAGUUCAAAUUUGGAAGUGAACUUUCUGCUGAUGACUUGGGUCAUAAGGAAGCUGUUGCAAAUAGUGUCAAGAAGACUUCAGAUGACCUUGAACAUGAAAACAACAAAAAGGGCCUGGUUACUGUAGAGGAUGAGCAGGCAUGGAUGGCAUCUUAUAAAUAUGUAGGUGCUACCACUAAUAUCCAUCCCUAUUUGUCAACCAUGAUCAAUUAUGCACAGCCAGUGAAGUUUCAAGGUUUCCAUGUGGCUGAAGAACGCAACAUUCAUUAUAACAUGUCUUCUUUUAAUGAAUCAGUUGGCCUUGGCUACUUGAAGACACACGCGAUUGAAUUCGUGAAUUACAACAAACGGCAAAUGAGUCGCAUUUACCCCAAGGGAGGCAGAGUCGAUUCCAGUAAUUACAUGCCUCAGAUAUUCUGGAACGCUGGAUGCCAGAUGGUUUCACUGAACUAUCAAACCCCAGAUUUAGCCAUGCAAUUGAAUCAGGGGAAAUUUGAGUAUAAUGGAUCGUGCGGGUACCUGCUCAAACCAGAUUUCAUGAGGCGGCCUGACAGAACAUUUGAUCCCUUCUCUGAAACCCCUGUGGAUGGGGUUAUUGCAGCCACAUGCUCGGUGCAGGUCAUAUCAGGGCAGUUCUUAUCAGAUAAGAAGAUUGGCACAUACGUUGAAGUGGACAUGUAUGGGCUGCCCACCGACACCAUACGAAAGGAAUUCCGAACUCGUAUGGUUAUGAACAACGGGCUCAAUCCAGUUUACAAUGAAGAAUCAUUUGUGUUUCGGAAGGUGAUCCUGCCAGACCUGGCUGUCUUGAGAAUAGCAGUAUAUGAUGACAACAACAAGCUGAUUGGCCAGAGGAUCCUUCCGCUGGAUGGCCUCCAAGCAGGCUAUCGACACAUUUCCCUUCGGAAUGAGGGAAACAAACCAUUAUCACUGCCAACAAUUUUCUGCAAUAUUGUUCUUAAAACAUACGUGCCUGAUGGGUUUGGAGAUAUUGUGGAUGCUUUAUCAGAUCCAAAGAAAUUUCUCUCAAUUACAGAAAAGAGAGCAGACCAAAUGAGAGCUAUGGGCAUUGAAACUAGUGACAUAGCUGAUGUGCCCAGCGACACUUCCAAGAACGACAAGAAAGGAAAGGCCAACCCAGCCAAAGCCAAUGUGACCCCUCAGAGUAGCUCCGAGCUCAGACCCACCACCACAGCCGCCCUGGGCCCCGGCGUGGAAGCCAAGAAAGGCAUUGAACUUAUCCCUCAAGUGAGGAUAGAAGAUUUAAAGCAGAUGAAGGCUUACUUGAAGCAUUUAAAGAAACAACAGAAAGAGCUAAAUUCUUUAAAGAAGAAACAUGCAAAGGAGCACAGUACCAUGCAGAAGUUACAUUGCACGCAAGUUGACAAAAUUGUGGCGCAGUACGACAAAGAGAAGUCCACUCAUGAGAAAAUCCUGGAGAAGGCAAUGAAGAAGAAGGGGGGAAGUAAUUGUCUCGAAAUGAAAAAAGAAACAGAAAUUAAAAUUCAGACCCUGACAUCAGAUCACAAAUCAAAGGUCAAAGAGAUUGUAGCACAGCACACAAAGGAGUGGUCAGAAAUGAUCAACACCCACAGUGCUGAGGAGCAAGAAAUACGGGACCUGCACCUUAACCAGCAGUGUGAACUACUGAGAAAGCUACUAAUCAAUGCUCACGAGCAGCAAACCCAGCAGCUGAAACUGUCCCAUGACAGGGAAAGCAAGGAAAUGAGAGCCCACCAGGCCAAGAUUUCUAUGGAAAACAGCAAAGCCAUCAGCCAAGACAAAUCUAUCAAGAAUAAAGCAGAACGGGAAAGGCGAGUCAGAGAAUUAAACAGCAGCAACACUAAAAAAUUUCUAGAAGAAAGAAAGAGACUUGCAAUGAAGCAAUCCAAAGAAAUGGAUCAAUUGAAAAAAGUCCAACUUGAACACCUAGAAUUUCUAGAGAAGCAGAAUGAGCAGCUUUUGAAAUCCUGUCAUGCAGUGUCCCAAACGCAAGGCGAAGGAGAUGCAGCAGAUGGUGAAAUUGGAAGCCGAGAUGGACCGCAGACCAGCAACAGUAGUGUGAAACUCCAAAAUACAAACUGAAGCAGCAAAACCACAAAUCAUCAGAAGAUUGCACCCAACUUCAGAACACAAACUCCAUGGACAAAAGCUAUUUUCUUUAUGUAUAGACAAGAUGUUACCUGAAACCACACACACACAAAAAAAAAAAAACCUUGGAAUGACACAUACUUCUAUUUAUCAGUUUGAGUAUUGAAUUUUCUUGGCUGAACCAAAAGUAGCUGCAAAUCCACAGAAAUCUAUUCCAGUAAGGCAGAGUUUAACCAUUGAUAAAACAACUUAAACAUGUUUGCUAUAAGAUAUCAUCACAAGUAAAUGAGCUUGGUGUUAACAACUCUGCUUCGUGAUGCAUUAGAACAUGUUUGAGCUGCAAUUUAAAAAAAAACAAACAAAAAACAGUGCAUUAGCAAUUUCAUAGCAAGUGCAUGCACUAUAAGAAAAGCAAAAACUCUGUCUACAAAUUCAUGAGCAGAAGUGGUGGUCUGCUAAACAAAUAAUUUUGCAGAAUUUUUCUAUAUCUAAGUUACCUCAUCAGUAAGUGCCAUGUCUUUACCAUGCCGUCAGAAGCUAAUUUCCUGUAAAAGUUGUGAAAGUUAUUAGAACAAUAGAGAAAUAUAACCGAAGAGUAGACCUGUGCCAAAACUCAUCAGUGCUCAGAGGGAAACUCUGUUAGGAUCAUUUAAGAAAGUUUACAUCUGACCCUGCUUUAUAGGAAUUGCUUCUUCAGAUUCCAGAUAUUAGAAUUCACUAUUAUACCAUAAAGAUUGUGAAGUGGUUAUUGGCAAACGUUUGUAUAUGUGAUCAUGUAUAAAGUAUUUAUACUCCUUAAUUCACACUGUUAUAGAGCAAAAUCAUCUAAAUAUUGCCACAUGACAAGAUUAGUACAGGAAUACUAGAAUAUGUUUUGCAUGAUACACAAGCACCAGUUAAGACUAACUUGUUCAGACACAGUUAACCUAAUGCCAAAUAAAUACUGGUUAAAUACAUGUAUGGCACAGAAUAUAAUUUGACUAUCAAGACUUUUAGCAUAAUGAAAAAGUCUAUAUAUAUGUGUAUAUGAAUUAUGUGGGCAUUCUUGAUACUUCAAGUUCUAGUUUGAAAAAAAAACAUAACUAAUUUAAUUUUACACAAAAAUAUUUAUGCAGAUUUUCAGAAUUUCAUAUCAGGAAAUACCUUUUUAUGUCUGUUAAAUAUUCAAACAAUUUGCUACAGUGUUAAUUUGCAUGGUCCAAGCCUGCUGUAGUUGCAAUGCAGAGAGUGCAUGAAGAAGUACAGGGCUGGGAAACCUGCGAAGGCACCAAGCCUCAGAAGGGUGCACGGAGACCUGGCAUCCUUGAACUAAUGAGAUCGCUGAUUCUAGGACACAAAACGCCAAUGGAAUUGUAUAUGCUUGUACAGAUUGAUCCUGUGUGCUCCUCUGAACAAACCAGAGAAAAUGAUGAUAUCAUCAAUACUGAAAUUCAACUUCCAACUUCUCUAAUAAAAAAUGAAAACACA